AGCUGGCUCAUGUUUUGUUCUGGAAAGAUGGCGACCUAAGUCGAUAUGCAAUAUGGCGGCCUUGGAAAGAUGGCCUUUUGUAGACGGGAAACACCACGAGUUGGUUUUAGGACACAGCUUUGAUAAAGCCCCAGGACAGGCCUGCGCUUUUCACACCGUUAGAUAUGACUUCAAGCCCGCCUCAGUUGACUCAUCCAAGCCGGCUGAGCUUGUUGUGGGAGAGAAGCAUGAUGUUACUGUCACUGUUCCGCAUAUCCAGGACACUGGUAGUACUGUGUACAAAGGCUCAAAAAGACCAUGCCCAAAGGAGUUCCUCUUGGUAAUAGACAAGAAAACUCAGACUUUUACCCUAGAAAGAAUAGAAUCUACAAUUCCACAGAUGAAGAAGAUAAGGUCUGCCACAUCAGCUAAAGGAGGCAAAACACAAUCUUCAGAGAGGAGCGGAAAAACAAGCGAGGGCCUUUCUUCCAAGGACACAAGGGACCCUUCUAAAUCUGAAGAAACACUGUCAACAAACAAGGAAUUCGAUUCAUCAGCACCAGUAUCAGAACCCCUUGGGGACUCGCCCCCAGCCUCCUCAAGUGACAGCUCGCCCUCGGAUUCCGAUAAUCCUGGGAACAACUCGGACUGCAAUGAUGACGAUGACGACGACGAUGAUGAUGACGACGAUGACGAAUUCGGAGACAUCCACGUGGAGCAGCUGAAUAAUUUUCUCAAUUCAAGUCUUGAUCCUGGUGACUUGCUUUCAAAAAAGCCUCAAGGUUUUAACCAACUAUGUGAAGACCUCGAGCUGAGCGAGUCCGGUAGUGAUAGCGACUAAUUUCCGAUCGCGCGCCGAGCAUAUGCCGAGCCCACGCCGACACACACAAGCCGAAGAAGCCGGCUAGACAUUUGACGAGCCGAGGCAGGAAUGUAAGCUAAUGCAGGGGACUGGAGAUAUGCAGAUUUAUUUAUAAAGCUGGCAUAAAAUGCACAUCAAAUAUAAGUCUGCACGUCUUAAAUGGCUGCCUGAUAUUAAAAUCAAAGAUAUAAUUUUUAAUAUUCUCGAAACUUCUCCUAGUUAAAAAAAUUAAAAAAAACUUGUAUAUUAGAAGAGCAUAAAGCUAGGCAAGAUUUUGCUUGUUUGAAGUAACGAAACGCUCAUUUAGCUUAUAAUAGAUGAUGUAAAGUCUACACAAAAUAGCUGAAGUAAAUCAAAGUUUUAAGAUA